GACUUUUGCCUUUUUGCUCUACUAGAAAUUUCUAUUUUUUAUAAGUCCCCUUUAGGACACUUGUAUUAUAGUUUAACAAAUUGGUAUUUUACUAGCGCCAAAGCUCUUACUUAUUCUAUACUUUUUAUAUCUUUUCACAAUGUCAAACUAAAGUUAAGCUUAAUAGGGUUUUUUUUUUCUGCUAAUUUAGCUAAGCCUGUUCCCUUAGCUGUAGUUUUACUAAAUAGUAAAUAG